AUGGCUGAUGAAAUCCAGCGGAACACGUUGCUUACACUCAAGGAGAUACAGGGACUGUAUGACAGGUUUCGCAAAUACGCGCCCAAUGGCCGUCUGCUAUUUUCACGGUUUUGCGACACCUUGGGAGUGUUGGGGAUGCUUGAUGACACGAUGAUAGCUGAGCGGAUGUUUAGAGCUUUUGAUCAGAACAAAGAUAGAGAGCUGAGCUUUACAGAGUUCGCCACCGCACUGGGCAUCAUGAUGCGUGGAACAGACGACCAGAAGCUUGAUCUCUCAUUCCGAAUCCUCAAUCCCACGUAUACGGGUACGGGUAAAUGCUUGGAAGAUUACCGUUUGCAGUCGGUGAGCACUUCAGGUUCAGACGAAACGAUUGCAGCUUCCCCGCAUCGCCAGACCUCUCUUGCCGCCUCCAGUGGACAGUGUCGUCUGGCUUGCGGCAGUCCUCCCGCCUCGGUCCUUUCAGCUGUUCAAGACGGAGAUGAGGAGGAGUGCUGUGGCGCUUCGGGUACGGCUGCAGCAGAAGAUGGUGCUGCUGAACCGGAGUGUCAGACGAACUCUUCAAAGGUGAAGGAUCCCUCCAGCAACACGAGCGGCAAAUCCUGUGGCUUGGAGCAGGGACUGGCAUCGAAACAGACUCUACGCGUGCCUCGGAGCACGCAUUGGUUUGAACAGUUCCGCAGCGUCAUCUACGCAGACAGUUUGGGGCUGGACGAGUUCCUUGAUUUGGUUAAGUGCCUCCAAGCUUCCCGCCGGGCUCUGCUUGGGGGGGACAGCAAUAUGGCCUCUGACGAGGAGAUCGCAAUGACGUUUCUGCCCCUUGCAUCCGAAAUGCCAGACGGGUCGAGGCGGAUGAUGUUGAAAGACUUCAAAAGGGCGGUGAACACGAGUCCCCGCUUCUUAUGUCUUCUGGGGGUCGCAAACAACAACGCGCCUGCCUCUUCUUCCCAGUCCGAGGCUUCUGUCACGACGAAAUCGGAGAAGAAGAAUAGCCUCUUCUCUGUGGAUUGCACGACUGUUUCGUGCGCAUUGGGGGGCCCCUUAGGGUCCCCAGAGGCCGGCGCUGCUGUGCGAGCGGAGCUUCUGCGUCGAGUGCGACAGGCGGAGGCUCAGGCAGAAAUGCAGCAGCGGAAGCUGCAGCAGCAGCAACGCGAUCAGCUGAAGCAGCUGGCGGAGAGUCUCCGAGCUGUGGAGCGCGACGUAGAGGCAGUCAAAAUAGCCCUUGCAGCAAAGGCCACCGACGCCUCGCCGAAGCCCUUGGGGGUAAACCCCUGUGAAGACGAGUCGUCAGCACCGCAGCACUCUGAGGGACCAUACGGCCGGCUGUGCAGCAGUCCUGUACGCGGUGACCCCGUCAAGCGUGAAUCUUUUGGCGGGUGUGGAGACACGGGAGAAUCCACAACAAAUGAAUCGCCUCGAAGAUCGCAGCCAGAAGGUGGAGAGCCGGGUGUAGAAGGGCUGCAGCCUGUUGCGGAAACUGUAGAAGGGACAGAGCAGGCAGCAACAGCAGCAACGGCUGCUGCUGCUGCGGCGUUUGCUGCACUGCAACAAGCGGAGCAACAGCUGAACCGCAUCUUAGAGGAGAGCAGCAUGGCGACGUUUCUACCGAUGCACAUAGCGGAUCAAUUGAUGGUUGAGAUGAGCAGCAAAGACAACUUCGAUGUCCUUCAGCACGAUUUCACUCGAGGCGGGGCCUCUGGUAUUCAACGGGAGAUGCCAAGUCGCAUGCGGAAGUCUGUACUUCUCCCGAAACUGACAGGGGAGUCCGGACGGAAACCAAGUUCAGAAGGGACAAGCGACUCGACCUCAAACUGGGCCUCAUCUCAGCUGCAUGACGGGCCGAGGCGACAUAAGGUCUCCUUCAUGGUUUGUGAACACGACAGCUCUCCUGUCCCGGACAUAGCAAGCUGCGCCCAAGAAAAUGCCACUGUGCAACACGUGAGGCCUUCAAACACCACUAUUUUUCCUUUGAAGGACUCGGUGCUGGAAGACAUCGACGAACACAAGGUCACGACUCCGAGUGAAGCGGCAGUUGGCGGCAGCGAAAGCCGCCGUCGUAUAGCUCCUGGUUGCCGGCGAAUGUAUAUGAAUCGCGCGAAAGUCUAUCAACGCCGAACUACCCAAUGGCGACGCACGUCAGUAGAGCAUGCACAUCGACAACAGGCCAACGCCGCGGGACCCGCGAAAUCUGGCGGAAAAGACACAAAGGGGUUUGUGGUUCACUUCGGUCACGAGUCAUGGAAUAUGGUGAUUAACAUCAUGGUUGGCAUCCGAUUGGCUGGGGCCCGAGCUAUGAGCGAACCACACAGAGCUGUUGAGCCGUACGAUUUCCUGAUGAAGGAAAAGUUCUCGGUGUUGCCGAAGACCGGCAUGCUAGACCAGAAACGGCGAAAGCCCUCCUUGUGCGCAGUCCGCUUCAUUGACUACGCUCCGAUGGUGUUUCGCCGGCUCCGCGCUAUUUUUGGAAUCGACUCGCUCGGCUACAUUCGAUCUGUCGGCCCGGAUCAGCUGCUUGGCAAUUUAAUUUUAGGGAAUUUGUCCUCUCUUUCUGAACUGGUUUCGGAAGGCAAAAGUGGCUCUCUCUUUUACUACACAACCGACGGGAGGUUUAUGAUCAAGACGGUGUCAAAGGAGACAGCUUUCUUUAUGCGAUCCAUUUUGUUCGACUACUACAAGCAUGUGUCGACAUGCACCAACACGUUGCUCACACGGCUUUGCGGACUUCACGCGCUUCGUCUCAAGGACAAAUCCGGAAAGAUUCUGGGCCGCAACCAGACAUGGAGACGUAAAACGUACUUCAUGGUCAUGGAGAACUUCUUUCACACGCCAGUGGAAAUUCAUCGUCGCUAUGAUCUUAAGGGAUCCACCCAAGGCCGCUCGCUGCCGCCUGAACUCCUUAGCGAUCCCACAGUGGCGAGGAAAGACAAUGAUAUGACACGCGAGGGAGAAAUGGCAAGCGGCCGUUGUAUAGAAAUCGGAGAAGAGCGGAAGCAGAUGUUCGUUGAACAACUAUCUGUUGACGCGGCAUUCCUUAGGGACCAUGGGAUCAUGGACUACUCGUUGCUGCUGGGAAUAUCGUAUGCCAGUUGUUCACAAGACACCAACAUCUGUCAGGACGGUAUACUGCAGAUCGACGAUGAGGUUCGCGCGUCACACUCGAUGGCACCGAGCUCUGUUUCGUCAAUGAUAGGACUUGGAGACUGUGACAUUGAACGCCCUUUCUGGAGCAGAGACCUCGGUGGCAUGCAGAGCACUGACCGCACCAAGUUGUAUUACGUUGGAAUUAUCGACAUUUUAACCCACUGGACGGCCAAGAAGAAGAUUGAGCAUGUUGCUCGUGUUCUGCAGACGGGAAGCACUGCAGGAGCUUCCUGUGUCAACCCUUCCCUUUACGCCCAGCGUUUUGUUGACUUCAUCGCCAAACACACUGUUUGA